GCCCGCGCCCCGAGCCCGCCGGCCGGGGCGGGCCAUGGCGCAUAAAACCGCUGGCCGCCUGCCGGGCUGCUCCUCCGCGCGCUGCCGUCCGGGGCCCGCCGUGCCGCUGCGGCCCGCGCGCCCGAGUCCCCGCCUCCGUCGCCUCCGUCGCCUCCGUCGCCGUCCCCCCGGGCGCCGAGCCCCGCGAGCGCCGGGCGCCAGGGCGCGCAGACAUGGGCGGCCGCUCCCGAGCGCGCAGGGCGGCCGUGGCGCUGGGCGUCACGGGGCUGCUGUGCGCCGUGCUGGGCGCCGUCAUGAUCGUCGUGGUGCCCUCGCUCAUCAGGCAGCAGGUCCUCAAGAACGUGCGCAUCGACCCCAGCAGCCUGUCCUUCAACAUGUGGAAGGAGAUCCCCGUGCCCUUCUACCUCUCCGUCUACUUCUUCGACGUCCUCAACCCCGAGGAGAUCCUGCGGGGCGAGAAGCCGGAGGUGCGGGAGCGCGGGCCCUACGUGUACAGGGAGUUCAGGCACAAGAGCAACAUCACCUUCAACAGCAACGACACCGUGUCCUUCCUGGAGAAGCGCAGCUUCCAGUUCCAGCCCGCCAAGUCCCAAGGCUCGGAGAGUGACCACAUCGUCCUUCCCAACAUCCUGGUCUUGGGUGCCGCAGUGAUGAUGGAGAACAGGCCCAUGAGCCUGAAGCUGCUCCUGACCCUGGCGUUCAGCACCCUGGGGGAGCGCGCCUUCAUGAACCGCACCGUCGGCGAGAUCAUGUGGGGCUACGAGGACCCCCUCGUGCAUCUCAUCAACAAGUACUUCCCAGACAUGUUCCCCUUCAAGGGCAAGUUCGGGUUAUUUGCUGGGAUGAACGACUCGGACUCGGGGCUCUUCACGGUGUUCACCGGGGUCAGGAACUUCAGCAGGAUCCACCUAGUGGACAAGUGGAACGGGCUGAGUAAGGUCAGUUUCUGGCAUUCGGAUCAGUGCAACAUGAUCAACGGGACUUCCGGGCAGAUGUGGGCGCCCUUCAUGACCCCCGAGUCCUCGCUGGAGUUCUACAGCCCCGAGGCCUGCAGGUCCAUGAAGCUGGUCUACCAGGAGCCGAGGGUGUUUGAAGGCAUCCCCACCUACCGUUUCGUGGCCCCCAAAACCUUAUUCGCCAACGGGUCCGUCUACCCGCCCAACGAAGGCUUCUGCCCCUGCCUGGAGUCCGGCAUCCAGAACGUCAGCACCUGCAGGUUCGGUGCGCCCCUGUUCCUCUCGCACCCCCACUUCCUCAACGCCGACCCGGUGCUGGCAGAAGCAGUGGGGGGCCUGCACCCCAGCCAGGAGGAGCACUCCCUGUUCCUGGACGUCCACCCGGUCACCGGAAUCCCCAUGAACUGCUCCGUGAAACUGCAGCUGAGCCUCUACAUCAAAGCCGUCAGAGGCAUCGGGCAAACCGGGAAGAUUGAGCCUGUGGUCCUGCCGCUGCUGUGGUUUGGAGAGAGCGGGGCCAUGGAGGGCGAGACACUGCAGACCUUCUACACGCAGCUGGUGCUGAUGCCCAAGGUGAUGCACUACGCCCAGUACGUGCUGCUCGCGCUGGGCGGCGCGCUGCUGCUCGUGCCCAUCGUCUUCCAGGCGCGGAGCCAGGACAAGUGCUAUUUAUUUUGGAGUGGUAGUAAAAAGGGCUCAAAGGAUAAGGCGGCCAUGCAGGCCUGCUCUGAGUCCCUGAUGACCGCCGGCGCCCCCAGCAUGGUGCUGCAAGAAGCCAGACUCUAGGGCGGCUCAGGGGCUGCUCGGCCAGACCGGCCCCCCAGCCCCUGCACCCCGCUUCUGCAGGACUCUCUCAGCAGCCAGCCGGCCAGCCCCCCGGCCUGAGCCCCCGCCUGACUCAGCCUGCACUCGAGCCCGGGCGCAGACACUCAGGGAUGGCGCCGCGCUGAGGGCUGCGGAGGCCGUCAGGAAGCCCCUUCUGGACCUUCUCUCCAAGUGACCCUGGCCUGACCACAGGUGCUGUGGACGUGGUCCCUCUCCCCGGAGAGGCUCACCGGGCCCUGGGCCGCCGCUGCUCCCAUCUUCCUCCAGCCAGCAGCGUGCGCCGCAGCCACGGGGCCCCUGCCGUGGAGGACUGGCCUCCUGCCCUGUGGGCCUCCAGUGCCAAAGCCAGGCCCGCGAGGCCGCGAGCCUCGGCCCCUGCCUGCUGGGCUGGGCCGGAGCAGCUUCUCAUGGGCCUCAGGACCCAAGGGGCCCCCAGCCCCUGCCCUGCCACCUGCACCGACCCUGGGCCGGGUCCACUUGCCCUCUGCCUCCAGCCCAGGGCGCCCUGUGUUCUGAGCCGGCCCCUCCCCGAGCUGCCCCAGGCCCCCAGGUCAGGUGCCAGGCGGAGGUGGGGGGGGCCUGUCAGCCCCGGCACCUGGUCUGGUGGGGAGAUGCACCUGCCCGGUGCCCCUGGUCCCCGGGGCCACCCGUGUCCCUUUUCUACUGGAAGAGAAGUGGGUGGCAUCAUCUUCUGAAACUGACCCGCUGUGGGAGCAAUAAACUUCUAUGAGAGCCGA